GUUGAGUUCUCCUGUCGCCAUUUUAAGUUAGUAAAAUACGAAUGCGAUACGGGAAAACAGAAACAAAAAUGCGUGUCCUGUAUGGAAGACCGUAAAGACAUUUAUUUAUUUAGACGUUACAUGUACAGACGAUAUAAGGCGUAAUUGCGUGUAAUUUCAUGUCCUGAAACGCGUGUCUGCAGCUGAAUACUGUCAUAAUGUAACAGCUGAGCUCUGCACUGCAGGAUUGUUCGAGUGUUUGAGGAGUUUAUCACAGACUGUGUGCGUCCAUUCGACUAAAUGUCUGAAUGUUUUGUUGAUUCAGAGUCAGUGGAGGAGAUCAAACUCAUCAGAUUCUCCUGCAGCUUCAUCAUGGGUAAUUCACAAGGAUCCAGAGAUGGAGAUUUUUCUCCAGGAUGCAGUUCAGUCCAGCAGAAGAGCUCAAACCCAGAGUCCAGCUGUGUGUCUGUGAAGAGUGACGUAUCUAUGGGUCACCCACCACUAAAGUUUAAGAGUGGAGACAAACGGCCUGAUCUCAGUUCAGUCCAGCAGAAGAGAUCAAACCCAGAGUCCAGCUGUGUGUCUGUGAAGAGUGACGUAUCUAUGGAUCCGCCAAUUAUGUUUAAGAGUGGAGACAAACGGCCUGAUCUCAGUUCAGUCCAGCAGAAGAGCUCAAACCCAGAGUCCAGCUGUGUGUCUAUGAAGAGUAACAGAUCUAUGGAUCCGCCACAAACUGUGUUUAAAAGUGGAGACAAACGGCCUAAUCUCAGACACUGCUUCACACCUGUGAUUCAACCACAAGACUUUAAUGAAAGCAUGAGUCCUGGUUUCAGAUCAAACCCAGAGUCCAGCUGUGUGUCUAUGAAGAGUGACCGCUCUAUGGAGCUGCCAAUAACGUUUAAGAGUGGAGACAAACGGCCUGAUCUCAGUUUUGAAAGCAGUUCAGUCCAGCAGAAGAGAUCAAAACCAGAGUCCAGCUGUGUGUCUAUGAAGAGUAACUGCUCUAUGAUGAAGCCACCAAUGUUAAAGAGUGGAAACACACAGCCUGAUCUCAGUCAUGAGUCUAAACCUGCUGAAGUCCUCAACACAUUGAGAUCAAAUCUGAGGAAGAAGUUUGAGUGUUUGUAUGAGGGAAUAUCAAAGCAGGGAAACCCAACACUCCUGAAUGAGAUCUACACAGAGCUCUACAUCACAGAGAGUGAAAGUGGAGAGAUCAGUAAUGAGCAUGAGGUGAGACAGAUUGAGACACAGUCCAGGAGAGCAGAAACAGAGGACACACCGAUCAAAUGCAGUGACAUCUUUAGACCUUUACCUGGACAAGACAAACUCAUCAGAACUGUGCUGACAAAGGGAGUCGCUGGCAUUGGAAAAACAGUCUCUGUGCAGAAGUUCAUCCUGGACUGGGCUGAAGGGAAAGAGAAUCAGGACGUCCAGCUCAUAUUUCCACUUCCUUUCAGAGAGCUCAACUUGAUGAAGGACAAAACACUCAGUCUUUCAGAUCUUCUUCAUGUCUUUUUCCCUGAAACAAAAGAAAUGGAAAUAUCCAGUGACAAAUAUAAAGUGUUGUUCAUCUUUGAUGGUCUGGACGAGUGUCGUCUGUCUCUGGAUUUUCAGAGCGAUGUGAGGUUGUGUGAUGUGACUGAAUCAGCCUCAGUGGACGAGCUGCUGAUGAACCUCAUUGUGGGGAAUCUGCUUCCCUCUGCUCUCAUCUGGAUCACCUCCAGACCAGCAGCAGCUGAUCUCGUCCCCUCUGAGUGUGUCCAUCGAGUGACAGAGGUACGAGGAUUCAGUGACCCACAGAAGGAGGAAUACUUCAGGAAGAGAAUCAGUGAUCAAAGUCUGGCCGACGGGAUCAUCUCACACCUGAAGUCAUCAAGGAGCCUCUUUAUUAUGUGUCACAUCCCAGUGUUCUGCUGGAUCUCAGCCACUGUUCUAGAGAAGAUGUUGAGGAAAUCAUGGAAAAGAAAGCUCCCCAAGACUCUCACUCAAAUGUACACACACUUCCUGCUCAUUCAGACCAACAUCAAACAUGAGAAGGACUAUGAGAAGAAAGUGAAAGAUGAAGACGUGAUCCUCAAACUGGGGAAACUGGCUUAUCAGCAGCUUGUGAAAGGAAACCUGAUCUUCUAUGAGGAAGACCUGAGAGAGUGUGGCAUUGAUGUGACAGAAGCAUCAGUGUACUCAGGAUUGUGCACUCAGAUCUUCAGAGAGGAGUUGGGCUUGUAUCAGGGGAAAGUCUUCUGCUUUGUUCAUCUGAGCAUUCAGGAACAUCUAGCAGCUCUAUAUGUGCAUCUCUCCUUCAUAAACAAGAACAUCAAUGUGUUUGACCAGAUUACCAAACCAACUAAUGGAGACAAAGUUUCACUAUCUGAUCUCCAUCAGAGAGCUGUGGAUGAGGCUUUAGACAGUAAAAAUGGGCAUCUGGACCUUUUCCUUCGUUUCCUUCUGGGUCUGUCAGUGAAGUCUAAUCAGAGUCUCUUACAAGAACUAAAGACACAGACAGGAAACAGAUCUCACAACAUUGAGAAAACAGUUGACUAUAUUAAAGAGAAGAUCAGUGAAAAUCCCUCUCCAGAUAAAUACAUCAAUCUGUUUCACUGUCUGAAUGAACUGGGUGAUCUUUCACUAGUGAACGAAGCUGAACCUCAUACUUAUGGAGGAUUACGUGAUGUGAAACUCUCCUCAUCUCAGUGGUCAGCUUUAGUUUUUGUGUUGUUGAGCUCAGAGAAGACAAUGCGUCAGUUUAACCUGAGGAGCUUAAUUGGAGCCAGAAAUGAUCAUGACGCAGUAAACACAGCAGAUGAAGUUCUUCAGAAGCUGCUGCCUGUGGUUACAGCAACUAGAUCAGCUUGGUUGAUGGAUUGUGGUGUCACAGAUGAAGGUUGUGCUGCUCUGGCUUCAGCUCUGAGAUCAAACCCCUCACACCUGAGAGUACUGGAUCUGUCUUGGAAUAAUCUAGGAGACUCGGGAGUGAAGAUAGUCUCUGCUGUACUGGAGAAUCCUCACUGUAAACUGGAGACACUGUGGUAAGAUCAUAUGUGACUCUCACAUGAAAAGGAGUCACUGAAUUUUAUAAUUUCAUUUAUUCAUAAAGUAACAAAAUGGAAUAGGGGAAUUAAACUGUUAUUACAUUUAGGGCUGUCACUAAUGCUUAUCUUGAUGAUCAAGUAAUCGGUCGAUUAUUUUCACAAUUAAUCAAGUAAUCGGAUAUUUUUUG